UAUCAACCAGAAAGGAAACAAUGAGAAAUAUUUGACAUUUUACAUAAAAUGUCACGAAGAUAACAAAAUUUAUAGUAUUUUCCAGUUUUAUGCAGUAAAUUUAUAACGCGUUUGAUGUAUCUUACAAGAAUUAAGGUAAUCUAAAAUGGUUGUGUCGUAAAAAAUCUAGGCUUAAGACAAAUUAUUGAAUAAGAGUCAUAAUUCCUUUAACGACAAUGAAUGACGUAAUGGAUCAAAUUAUCGAGAGUUUAGCUUUCGAAAUAGAAGCAGUACCUAAUGAAAAUAAAGGACAAAUGUCUACUGGGUUAAACAGUGAUCCAAUAAACGUUAAAAUACGAAUACGGAACAAAGACCAAAAUAAAAUUUUAAGACAAGGAGUCAUAUCUAUACCAAAUAAAGAUAAUCCAAUGUAUAGUAGUGAAAAAAUUCAGCUGAGCAACAGUGAUCAAACAAUUAUGUCCUUUAACGUUUUAAUGGAACAUGAAGAAUCUACGAAUAAACAAAGGAAGCAUAAAAGAAAGUUCAGAUUUUUUAAAAGGGGUAGUUGUUUAGGAAACCAGACCGAGGAAGAUCAUAAUGACUUUCCAGAACGAGGUAACAAGAAUAAUAAACAGCAUUUCCCGAUAAAAAGCACGUCGAUAAACGACAUGAACAAGCGAAACUUCACUUUGACCAAAAUGUAUGGUAACUCUGAUGCAAGCCGAAUGGGAAAGCGUGCACACAAAGAUAUUUUAGGAGAAUGUAAACCAGGUGGCUGCUUAGACCCACCAUACGGCGAAGACAAAUAUUCUUAUGUACCGAAACUAAUUCAAAUGUCGAGAAUAGAUAAAAACUCGAAUGAACGUAAAUCCAGCGAAGUGGCAUCUCAGAAACCAUUAAGUAAUAAUACGAAUAUAAAAGAAAUAGAUGAAAUAAGUUACGUUUCAGAUAGGAAAGAGCAAUUUCCUUACUCUACUUAUGUCAAAUUAACAAACACAAAACGUUCAAAUUCGAUUAUCACUUAUCCCUCAAUAUCAUCUAAUGAAUCGCUUAAUAAGGACAAUAUACAAAAACCAAUUCAACACAACCAUAAUAAUAGCAGGAUUUCUCAUAUCUCAAAUGAUAAUGUAGAAACAUAUUUUAUAUCGCCAAAGAAAAUAAAAAUUAACAGUUUACAAGAAAAAAACAGUAAUUUAACUGAAUCAUAUGCAGAAAAACAUUCAUUUGUAAAACCAUCGUCCCAAGAUCAAAAUAAUUUGAACGAAUUUAGACCGGAAGUAUUAAAAAGUAACGAAGAUACAUAUCCAGAGGGUAUUGUUGAUUCUAAAAUAACAAUUCAGAGCAAUAAUAAAAGUUUUGAAAACGUCGAUACUAACUUAACAACAGAAUUUAGCAGCUUAGCUGAUUUUAGUACCAACGCCAAAAUUGCCCUGAAUCUAACAAAAAAUGAAGUUAAUUCAAAAGGUUCGUUAACUUCAUUAAAUAAAACGAUACACAGUGAUACUCACGAUACAAAUUCAUUAAAAGUAUCUUUAAAUUCCGUCACCAUGUCCUCGGCAAGUUUAAAAAUAGAAAAUAAAGUUAUCAGUGACACAGGUAUUGCAUAUACAAAUAACAGUAUAGGAAUAAUAGAAAAUAAAAACGAGAUAAUAAAUAAAAAAUCUAGCUCGGAAACAUUUAAACAAGAUCAGAAUUUGAUCUCAACAAAAUUAGAUAACGGAAUUGAAAUUACGGAACGUGAAAAAGACAAUAACCAUGAAGAAAACGGAGACAUAUUAGAACCAGAAUGCCCACUUCAAAGCGAGGAAAAAAUAUUAAUCAAAGAGAUGUCCAGUAUUAAGUCUUUAGGCUCAAAUCUUAGUUUCAACACACAAAAUGAUACCAAAAAAGAGAUUACUAACCUUGACAAACAAUUGAUUAUAACAAAGGAUUCUGUUUUCGAUGAAAAGAGCAUUAGCAAGGUAUCAAUCAUUGAUAAUGAUUUUGUACAAAACGAGAAUAUCUCAAACUUUAAUCAAGAAUUAAUAACACCGUUAGCAGCUAUUAACUCUAUUUUAAAUUCAGAUUUAUCCAAUGUAGAUACCAAUAAAAGUAUUUCUUUAACUGAAAAAAAUGAUGAACCUUAUUUAGAACAAAACCAAGAGCAAAUUUUAAUAGGUGAUGAAAUAGAUUCAAUCAUUAUAUCAAAUGAUAGUAUUAAUAACGCAAAUAUACAACAAGAAAUCGAAACUAAAAGUUCUUCACUAACAGUUAAUGAUAAACAUAGUUCAAUACUGAGUAAUGAAGUUGAUAAAGCACCUAUUGAUAAUAUAGAUGUUGACGAUUACAACAACCUUACAAGAUUGACUGAUUUAAAAGAAAGUCAGGAUCAGGUACAAUUUUCCGAUGAUAAGGAUUUACAAAUUAGUGAAAAAACGGACACAGAUAAUUAUUUGCCACACGAUACAAAUCCCGACCAAACUACCAUAAGAAGCAUAAAAUCUGAUGAAAAAUCAAGCUUGGACAUUGAUUCUAAAGGUACAGACUUGUUAAAAGAAAUAAAAAGCAGUCUUCUUGCAACUCGAAGUUUAACCAGUAUGGAGAGAAAUUUAAAUAGAUAUAAUACCUUGAAAAACCAUCUUAACUCUGAACCUAAAGACUUCGAUUCAGGAAGUGCUCCAAUUACCAAGGCCAGUAGCCUUGGUAAUUCUGUAAACACCGAUAUUACUGCAAAUAGUAAAAGUAACGAACGCAUAGAAAUGUCUACUGCAGUUAAUAACAAUUUAGAAAAAGAUAGUUUUAAUGCGAAAAGUAAGAUUGAAUCAAAUAUUUCUCUAACCAUUAACGAGCAUGUAAAGACGCCUCCGCCAAGGGAACUUCAGCUUGUUAGUGAUAAAAGUGAAAUUCAAUCCCAAUUAAGUAUAGACGAUCCGACAAAGUUAAAUGAAAACGAAAAUCUGAUAAACUUAAACAAAAUAUUAUCAACAAAUGAAGCUAAAAUACAAAAUUCAGAUAAAACAUUUGUAGAACUCGACGAAGAAAAAAUCAAUAACGAUGAAAAAUCUUUAAUAGCAAAGUCAUCAACAGAAUCAGGAUUAAAAGUCUCAAAAGAUGGGGUAAGUUCAGUAAGCAAUCUGGACACUUCAAGGGACAAUCAAUCGAAUGGUUUGCGUCAAACAUCAAACACGCUCGUCGACGAUGAUGCAAAUAAAAAAGACAAACGUGAUUUAAUUCUUUCUUUAUCAAAAGAUAGUAAUUUGAAAGAUACGAUUUAUCUUAAUAUGGCAUUCCAAAGCUUUCAUACUGAAAAAGACGGAAACGUUAUAAGAACAAUAGAAACAACGAACAACGAUGUAGAACGUUAUGGAGACGAUAAUAUUUUAAAAUUUACGACAGUAGCGAGAUUAGACGAUAUUCCAAUAUCAAUACCUAUAGACAAGGAAAAAAAGUUACUAUUACAAAUUACUAAGACUAAAGAAAAUGAAGAUCCAAAUGUACAAGUAACAAAACAGGAAUCUAUUUUAUUUAAACAGGACCCAAAACAUAAACUAGUUGUAUUUGAUGAAGAUAACGAUGAUACAUUUGCAAACAGCGAUUUAGAUAAGAAAAAUUUAAGAGGCAGCAUAAAAAAAUACAACACAAAUAAUACGGAACAUGAACGAAAUUUACAACUAACUUUAGAUAGAGUGUACAACCAGAAACUGUUGCCUUUACACAAUAAAAUUAAAGAUUUAAAAAGUGUUAUAGAUGGAUUACUGAAUCAACAAUUGGUUAUCAAAGAUAAGUUAAAUAAUGAUAAACGAAAACGGUUACAUACGAUGCCUAAUAGUUAUAAAACAUGCUGUUGUAUGGAACAGGUAUUAUUGAAACACAAAAUGUGACUAAGAAACUUAAAUAAAUACAUUAACAUAGUACGCAGCUGGAUCUAACAUUGUAAAGUUUCAAUAAAAUGGUCAUUUAUCUCGUGGAUAUGUUUGGACAACAAUAGUAUCUCAAUACUCAUUCUGAACUACUUAUCUACUAAUAUGUAAAUGUUGUCAU